AUGAGGUGGCUGGAGGUCCCCACUGCGGAUCCACGUCGCCACGCUCGAGGGUCGUCGUCUUGCGGCGCAUCCUCGAGCCGCCGCCGCUCGUCCGAUCCGCCCACCCCAACCCGAUUCGCCGACUUCCCGCAGCUCCCUCCGCUGCUGCAGGUGGCCGUCGCGGAGGACCUACCUCGGCGUCCGACAUCGCUGACAUGGUUGGUGGAGAUCACCGACCAGGAGACCCACAAGAGGAAGUGGGUCGGGUCGUUCCACACGGUGGAGCUCGCGGCCACGGAAUACGACCGGUGGCAGGUUCGGUUCCAUGGCCGCGAGGCAAGGCUCAACUUCCCCUUCGGGACGGCGCCGAUCCACCUCGUCUUGCUGAAGCCGGGAGUGGUGAGCGCAGCGAUGGCUCGGGAAAACCAAGAGGCAAGGGAGCGCCUCGUGGCGGAGGCCGUCGACGAGGCGUACAUGGAGGACCUCUGCCGCCAGCACCCGGAGCUCGUGGAGGCGGAGCGGGCGAUAUUCGCCGACAAUGGCAGGGAGGUCAUCGUCACCUCCGACGACGAGGUGCAAGGCAGCGAGGAGGGCGGCAAGGAGGAGGAGUUCGACGUCGAGGAGUGGCCGAGCAUAUUCCCUGACUGCAACGACGUUGGCACCAGUCCGGACCCAUGUCUUACCGAGGGUGUCCUGUCGAGGAAGAAUUGGUUCGACCUUCACUAUGGUCGAUGA